AUGGAUUCUGGUUCCGACAGCCUCCAAGACAAGGUACCCUCGCUAAUCGAUGCCGCCCUCGACGAUCUGCAACGAGGGCUCUCUCGGAAACAGUUCACAUCCGCACAACUUGCGCAGGCUUACAAGGCCAGGAUAGCCGAGGUCAACAGCAUCUUCAAUGACGUUGUUGACAUUAAUCCCGAUGCCGAAACCACGGCUCGGGAGCUGGAUCGCGAGCGGCAGGAGAAAGGACCGAGAAGGAUCGAGGCCACCUCCAGUUCGACUGUUUUGCCGGGCGCCAGACCCUCAGCUGAAGCCGGCAUCGUCAAGAGACUCCGCGAGGCCGGCGCACUGAUCCUCGGCACGGCCAAUCUCUCCGAAUUCGCCGGAUUUCGACACACGAAUGCCAACCCAGGAUGGAGUGCCAGAGGCGGGCAAGCCACAGGCAUCUUCUAG